CGUUACUGGAACUUUAAGCAGUUUUUAUCACGCGGGAACAAGCACCUCAGUUUCCGUUGCAUUAAGUUUAUGUGACCAUGGCGAAAUUCAGGUUCCCAGGCAAAGCUCUUAAGUUAAACACAAGAAAGCGGGUGCGAUAUCGAGGAAGUUACACAGCCAACACACCCGAGGAGCUAUACACACGCAGAAUACGAAGAGGCCUGGACCUGUUUACCCAAAUAUUCGGCGAGUCGGAUGAGGAUGAAGAUGGCUUUGAGGGUUUUUCGUCAAGUUGCCCAGAGGGACAGGAUGUCAAAAUUACAAGAGCAGCAACACCUGAACUUUCUGUGCACAGAGGGGGAAAGAGGAUGGCACAGAAAGUGGAUCAGGCUUGUGUAGUUUUGGAGAGUGAGGGUUUAGUGACUCGAAGAAGAACAAACAUUGUAGAAAUGGCAGUGAAAGAAUUGAGAGCGAGUGCAGAAAAAACGAGAGAUUUAUCUUUAAGUGGAGGAAGAACAGACAAAGCGGUGGGGUUUGUGGAACCUGUGAGUGAUAGUAAAGCAGUAGAUGCAGCCCCACCACCAUCCUCAUCAUUAGAAAGUGAUCAGCAUAUAGAGGGAACAAAGACUAUAGUGGCUUCACUCACAAGCCACGUGGCUCGAAAACAGACCAAUCAUAGAAUAAGUAGACCGCCAACUGUAAAAACUGCUUUAGCAAAGAAAUUAUUAGCAAAGGCAAAGAAAAAAAUGCCGUCUCUUCCAGCGAUUGGAGAGAAAAGUCCGAAACGGUUCAUUCUACCGACUAUGAGUGUGAGAUCAUCCAGAAUUAUAAAACCCAACAAAAGGUUGUUUGCAGACAUCACAGACAUCUGUUCCACUAGUAGUUCACUCUUGACUGAUGUUAGUACUGAACCAAGAGAGGAUACCAUAAAUGUUCCAAGUAAAAGACUUGUUAAACUGACUCGCAAAGGUCGUGGUUCUCAUACACAGUUCCUGUCUCUACCUCGCUCACGUGCACAGGGCAAGAACUCUUUAUCUGGGACAGAAGGUGUGGGGCGUGAUCGUAUGCGACGAACUAUUUCCCUUUAUACUGCGUCCAUAACGGGUCCUAGCAAAGGGCAGGUUGGGAGACCUCCCAAGCGCUUGUUGCGUCGCUAUGAAGCCCCUAUGCAAGAGAUUGAGGCAGAGGUUCCCGAUUCUCCACAGCGAUGUGAUCCUAAAGAGUCGAGAGUUAAAGAAAAAAUUGAAAAAUUGCUUCGUUCCCCAUGGGAUGACAGAUUAAAGCAAUCUGGGAAGGGAGGGAAGGCUGAAAAUGAUGAAUUGAUGCCUGCUCCUGCCACCAGCACCUCUCCAGCACUCUCUGCAUCUGUUAUCUCACGCAACAUCCUUCGGAAAGCACGCCUCAACCUGAACAAAUCAACCCUUCAGAAAAUCCGCGACCCAGCAUCUCUCCAGAGACUCAUUCCAAUGUGUGAUGGGAGUGUAGAGGGAAAGUGUGCCAUCUGUGACUUAACAGGAGGAAAUACGCGAAUGUUUGGAAUUGUAUUUUGUGAAGUCUGCAGCAGUUUUCUUCAUAGUGCUAGUGAUGGUCCAAGAGAGAUUUUUGAUUGCCUGGGCAACAAAGGCAAUUGCCAGUUCCAGGGCUUAGUGGAAGAAGAUCGUUGUCCAGCUUGUUGGUUGUCCAGAAUACUACUUUCAUGUUCAAUGCCUCACCUUCUUCAUGAUCGUCUUCGCAAACGUUUACCAACCAUGUUGAAAGAACACAUACCAACUAGUUUAGCACGGUGUAUGAACGUUGGUGGACUACCAGCUAUCCUGGAGAAGGAUGCAGAACUAACAAGUCACACAAAACGAUUACCUUUAGAUCCAGGAGGGGGUGGGGCAUUUGGAUCUGUAAUGGACCUGCCAGGUGGUUGGCGGCGAAAAACCGGACCAGAAGUAAUUGUUAUCAGUCCAAGCGGAGAAAAAUUCAAGAGUGUGCAAAAACUGGAAGAGUUUCUAAUAAAACAAGGCAUUAGCACUGAUGCUCGUGUGCUUUUUGGUAAUAACAGUCCUGCAGUUGGUCGAAGCACUGAAGUAAAGUCUCGAUCGUUGGUUCAGAGUAAUAGCAGUGCAAGAGGGAAAGUGGUAAUGACGACUCUACCAGGUGGAUGGACACGUAGAAUUAAGUGGCGAUCAGCUGGUGAUCGUUUUGAUACUUAUGUAAAUAGCCCAGAUGGAAGGACUUUUCGGUCAAGGAGAGAGCUAAGUGCAUAUUUUCAGCUUAUUGGAAAAGUUGAUGACAUCCAUAAGUAUUUUCCUGUAGUAACUGGACAUUCAGAUGCUUCACUACCCAGUUCCAGUGAUACCCCAGGAUCAUCCAGCACUGAACCUGUGUCAAGCUCAGAGCCAUGCUCAGAAAUGAGUUCAGAUGAUAAAUCUCCAGAAGCUUCAGAAUGUGAAACAGAUGUACCAAAAUCCAAAAAUAAAAUGUCUGGUUCCAGCAAUGAAAAAAUGCUCAGAUUUUCUCAUGUUAAACAACUGAAGGGUAAAAAUUAUAAAGAACCAGGGCGACCUAGAAGCAAAUCAGUGACUAAAUUAAAGACUACAGACAACAGUGGAGAAGAACCUGCAGGUCAGGUGAGCUCAACUGAUGUUUCAAAUGAAGGUAACAGUUUGGAGCGAAAACAUAAAAAAGCAAAAAUGAUCAUGAGAACUAGAUCUUUGUCUCUUGGCAGAAUGAAACACAAAGGUGACACAAGUCUAACGGAUACAACAGAGAGUGAAUCGGAGCAAAGAAAGUCCGGAGUGAGUAUGAUGUUUCCUAAAACAUUCUCAAGAAGCAGAUCAAAGGGCAAGCCCAAGUCUAUAGUUUGCUUAUCUUUAGGUGAAAACAAGUCAACACCCUUUACAGAUAUCCCUGUUGAAAGCAUGAAAGAAUUAAGUGAUACAGUUGCUCCCGUAGAAAGUACAGAUACAGUGAAAACAUCUCUGGAAAAAAAACCCACUGUAUCCAUAGAGGAGGAUCCUCCGUCUACUACACCAAUUAUUGAAACAAGUGAGAAAAAACCUGAUCAUAAAAUAGUUUUGAAAAUACCCAAAAAAGCAAUUCUGCCUGUAGGAAAAAGACACAAGCGUAGGCAUAAAGUUGUUGAAAGUGACAAGUCACUUGUGACUGUUAAUGACAAACAGGGUCCAGAGCUAAAAAGAAUGCAAGAGGAAACGCUGCAAGAGACCAAUCAACCGGUGCUUGCACAAAUACACAGCACAAAUAAAUCAUUAGAUGAUGCUCAGGGUAAACUGUUCAAUCUUGAACAAGUGGAGGAUCCACUGGGUGAUGAGUCCGAGGCAUUAGGGGGGUGUGAUGUGUCCAUUGAUUCCAAGGUGUCAUCACCUAAUGCUUCUGAGGAGGAGGUGGUGCCUGAUGCUUUAUUAGUACCUGAAAUCAAAUUCAAAUCCAAAAAACUUUCCACAUACCAGACAUGCCAUUUUGGAAAAGGAUGGUCUAGAAAAAUUCGGUGGAAUGAAAAAGGAGAAGGAAAAGUGGCUCUCUUACACAGUCCAGAUAGUCAAACAUUUAGAUCUCGAAUAGAAUUGCUUGCUUAUUUCAAGAAGGCUGGCAGAUCAAAAGUUGACCUUGAUUUUUACUUUCCACCAGUUCUUAAGAGAGAACAGACUAGUUUGUCUUUAGAAACUAAUAAAGUUGGUAAGUUCCCUACUACUGAGACAUCAAUAGCAGUGGUCACUUCAACCUCAGCUCAUUCUUCAGAGAUUAGUGAAUUUUCAGACAGUGAAACGCUUGUUAAAACAUCUGAAGAUUCUUGUGUGUCUGGUGAGGAAUCAAAGAGGCCAAAAGUAACCAGAGUGAUAAAGUGUUAUCGGAAAAGUGGAGCCCAGUCUGGACUGAAGAGCAUUUCGGAGAAUGUUACUGAAGAAAUUAUUACUUUUUCAAGUCCAUCAGUCAAGCUCUCUAGUUCAAUUCAACCCCUUUCUGAGGAGUCUAGAAAACACAUGGUUCAGCCUGGCAAGAGUGGAAGGAAGGUUAUUGUUGUGUCUACUCAAGAGGGAAAAUCAUCUCUGAAAUCUGAACCUGAAGAAGAAGGAAUCAUCGGUGAAGCUGGUGGACCCAGAGUCAAGCAUGUGUGUCGAAGUCAGGCUCAGGUUUUAGGAAUUCCCCGUGCUGUUUUUCCAUCUCCAAGGAAGGAAGAGGAACGGUUAAUAAACCCUGUCAUUGUUCCUGUCAUGAAAGGAAAGCAGAAACGUAAAAUUGUUACAGUGACCACGACAGCCAGUGGCAAGGUACUGCGGAAGACUCAGUGGUGCAAUAAAUGUCCAGGGUGUACUACUCCUAAUUGCCUUAAGUGUUCCAACUGUUUGGACAUGAAGAAAUAUGGGGGCCCUGGUACUAAGAAAAAACCCUGCAUCAUGAGAAAGUGCCACAAUCCAAGGCUGUCGGCAAAAUCAGCCAUUAGUCAGGAGAGUACUUCAAAAGUGCCACUUCAGAUCCCCUCGGCAGCACUGUCAUCUCCAACCAUGGUCAAAGAGGCACGCAAGGGUCCUGUCAUAAAUAUAAAAGUGCUAGAGGAAAAAACUGAAGUACCUGUUGUGACAAGUGACAGUGUGUCAAAAUUAUUGCAGCAGGAGAAAGGCGUGUUUGUUCCAAGGCAAAUGACACGUACUCUGCCUGACCAAAAGGACCGAGGGGACAUUGCAGCGGGUAAAAAAUUUGUUCCCGGCGCACUGGUUAACAUUGACUACUGGCAGGGUUAUGAUGCAGACGAGAUGAUGCUCACCGGCUACCCUGUGACAACAGCAGCCCCUCUACACCCUCAAGUUCUAUGUUUCCGCUGUGGCUCUGUUGGAAAAGAGCAGCUGCUGUACUGUGCAUGGUGCUGUGAGGGCAUCCAUCCUUAUUGCUUGGAGGAUGGUGAAGGUCCUGAGUCCGAGACAGAAGAAAUGUUUUGGAUAUGCCGACGGUGUGCUGUGUGUCAAGUUUGUGGUGCCCCCGGAGCAGACACUCUCCUCAGGUGUUCAGAUUGUCGUAACUACUACCACUUGGAGUGCCUUGGACCAUCAGCACACAACACUUGCCAACCUACACCAGACCGUCCAUGGAAAUGUGUGACUUGUACACGUUGCACUAGUUGUGGCAGUCCCAAUGUGGCUCAGUGGUAUAAAGUUCCAUGCAGAAGAAAACCACUGCAUGUGACGUUGGUGGAAUCGUCGCCUACUAUGGACUUAGCGUUAUGCUUGCGGUGUGUUACUCUCAGGGAAAGGGGCAACUACUGUCCUUUGUGUAAUGGCUGCUAUGAAGAUGAUGAUUAUGAUGCAAAGAUGAUGGAAUGUGGUCGAUGUGGAGAAUGGAUUCAUGCUCACUGUGAAGGGCUCAACAAUGAACGCUACCAAAUUCUUAGUUUCUUGCCUGACACAGUGGAGUAUGUUUGUCGGAACUGUGUGCUGGAUGCUUCAACUAGUUGGUUGGAUGCAGUGGGGAGGGAGUUGUUAGCAGGAUGUGAGGCAGUCCUACAAGCUCUUUUUAGUAGCAGGUGUGCAAAGCAUUUAGUGAAGAGAGAAACUUCAAUAAAACUGUCUUCCUCAGGAGGUCUAACCCCUGUUCCUUUACCUGCAAUUGGAACCCCUUCAUUGGAAAGAAAUGAGGAGGAUCCUUUGGAAAAAAUGGAGGAUGGUGAUUGCCUGGUUCAUGUUGGCCACGCCAGCACUGUGGUGUCGGUGGAACCUCACGGUGCAGCAGCUUCUGAGGGUUAUCCUUCUGGGGAACUCUUUCACUCAGGAAAAAGUGGUAUUCAGUGCAGUGAGACGGGUGCUAAGCAUCCUUCAUCAGAAACUGGUGUUGUCAUGGAGUCUAGUGUUGUUCAGGUGAAGAAUUUAGUUGUUAAUGCGGAUGUUGAAUCAUCUCGGACCUCAUGUAAAUCUGCUAAGGGUGUAUCGGAGAGAUGCAAAAACUUUGACUCAUCUUUAUGUUCUGUGAAUAUAGAUGUUAAAGACAGACCUCAGGAUGAAACUGUUGUAAGAAAUCCAACUGCUAAGCAGAAGCUUUGUCCAGAUAACAGUAAUUCUGAGAAAGUGGCAGCUAAUGGUAAUUCAGGUAAAGGUGGUUGUAUAAUAGGUGCAAAAGACAAAACUGAUCUCAAAGGAAAAUUUGGUAAAGUCAAGUCUGAGGAAGAGAUUCAGUCAUUUCCUCGACGGCAGACCCGCUCCUCUUUGGCAGGUGCAGCACAUGCCUCAAUUGCUGCCUCAAGUAGUGCUUCCAAUGACCCCAUAAAAUUAAAGGAAUGCUCCGUGCGCUUAGAAGAUAUUUGCAAGUCGAAAACACCUUCAACGUCUCCAAUCAAAACUCAAGGUGAACAAGAUGCUACACUAAAAGCAGAAAUUGAAACAUGUAAACAAACAGAAUCCGUAAAAUCUCAGGGAGUAGAAGCUAGUACAAAGUUGCCAUGUAACAGAACACUAAUGUGUUUGGAAUCUCUGGAAGAGAAGGAAUUGGAGGGAGUAACGAGAGAAGCCUUGCAAAGCAUAAUUACUUUAAAAGAUACAGAUGUCUCGUGCACACAAGUAGAUGGCCCGAAUGAUGAAACAACAGUAACAGCCAGAGUAAUAAGAAAUCUUUUCUUUGAAGACAGGAAUCAGAUGGUGCUGGAUGCCACCAGCUUGCUUGAAAGUAAAACAGAAAAUCAUGAAGAGAAAAACCUUGCUCAAGUAGAGGCUCAAUUGAUAAGCCCUAAAGACAAAAUAACAAAAGAUAUUGAUGAUGAUUGUGUCAGUAGUGAGGAAAGCUCCUUUUGUGAUACAGACACAGAGAUUGAGAGUAUCCAGGAUGAUCCAGAAGAACCAAGAGAUCUGCUGUCUGUAAAGGAGAAGCUGAAAGACCGGAAAUAUGAAUCUGUUUUGCAAUUUCAUGUUGACAUGGCAAGGGUAAUAGAAAAUGGUAGACAUCUUAAUCGCAGUCAGACACGCAAUGUUCAGGCAACUUACGCAAAGCACAUGAAAGAGUAUUUUCCUUGGUUUGAUGCGAAAACAACAAAUGUGUUUGAGUUGGUAGAUAAACAAAGACCAUUCCCAAUACCACAUUUGGAUCAUAAUUAUAUAUUUCGUACCAUGGUUUCAGGCAAUCGUCACUUCACCAUGCGUGAUGCUCCAGUAUUUAGAAAACGGUCUACAAGCCCACUGAAAGCUACUAUUCUGUCUCAUCCUGAUCGGCGAAAAUGUGUUCUGUGUGGGAGAGAAAGUGAUGAUGAUCCUAAUGCUGCAGGAAGACUACUUUACCUUGGACAGGAUGAAUGGCUUCAUGUAAACUGUGGACUCUGGUCAUCAGAAGUGUAUGAGGAGGUGGACGGAGGUUUACAGAAUGUGUACUUAGCAGUGAGUCGUGGUCGCUUGAUUAAGUGUUCCGCUUGCCUUGAGCGAGGAGCAACGGUGGGUUGCUGCCAUAAAACUUGCCAGGCAACAUACCACUUUCUAUGUGCAAGACGAAGCUGUUGCCAAUUUAUGGAGGAUAAGCGGAUAUUUUGCCCACAGCAUGAGAGUACUUUGAAUGGGGAAGAGAAAUCUGAUGAUUUUAAAGUUAGUAGAUGUGUUUAUGUCGACAUGGACUCUGAGAAGAAGAAGUGGAAACAAGUUCCUGGUAAUCGUGUAAGCAUUGCUAUAGGUUCCCUUACUAUAAAGAAUCUUGGGAGAAUCAUCCCAGAAUCUGAUAGUGCUGAAGCCCUAAUUCCUAUGGAUUUUACUUGUAGUCGUGUGUACUGGAGUACCUUAGACCCUACACGAAGAGUUACCUACACCUGCCGGACUAAGAGAGUAGUACCAACACUUGACGAUGCAUCACUUAUGGGAAAUAUAGCUUUUCAUAAAACAAUUGAUCAUUCACUUGGGGAGGAAACUGUUCAUAAAGAGAUGACAGCUGUCAAGAAGUGGUUUAAACAACUUGAGGAGCGAAAAGUAGAAAAGAAGUCCCGUGAAACCAACAUUAUUCCUCCCCAUCUCUGUCCUCUCUAUCGUAGCAUCAAAGAAAGGGAAGAAGAAAUUAAAACUACCGAGACAGUUAUCCGUUGUCGAACUCCGCCAGCAAUUGUUGAAUUAGAUGUUCGGCAGUGUAUUGACGAUAUAAUUGACAAAGUUAGUCGAUCUGUGGAAGAAGAGAGUUUACUUUUAGACACAGACUUGCCUGCUAUUGUUAGUGCUGAUGACAAUGAAUUGAUAUCAAUGGUGCUGAAUGACCUUGAUGCAUGUGACCCCAUCACUUUACAGUCUACUCCCUCAACCUCAGGCAGACCAAGCCCACUCGAUAUUGACUUCCUGAGCACCUGCGAUCAUAUGAUGGACUCAGGGAAAGUGACUCACUCAGGAAACAUGACUCGGGAGACUCAGGAAACAGAAUGCGACCCACAAGUGAUGUUGGGCACCACUCUCUCAACUGGUUGCGACUCUAUCCAUGACACAUACCAGGUGGAAUCCCCAAAUAUUGAUGUUAAAGAACCCAUAAUUGAGACAAUAUCACCUCCAACUACUCAAGAUCUUGGUCCUGUGCCUUCAAUAUUAUUGCCUACUGCCAGUAUUAAUAAUACUCAAAGUUUAUCUGCAAAUGGCAGCAACAGUAAUGUCAUUAAUUCAGGUAAUAGCUGCAACAAUUGUUGCAGUGAGAGCAAGAGUGAGAGCACCAGCAGCAGCAGCAGCAGCAACAGUAGCAGCAGCAGCAUCAGUAGUAGUAGUAGUAGUAGUAGUAGCAGUAGCAGUGAAAGUUCUAGUAGCAGUAACAUGGCCAGAGAAAGUAGUAGCCCAGAAAGAUGUUCUGAAGGUACUGUGAGUAACACUAGCAGCCCAGACACAAGCUCCAGAACAAGCUCUGACAAUGUCAGUAAUGAUAUACACACUGGCAGUACAGAUAGCAACAGUGGCAGUGAAACUUCAUCUCAGGGUGCUGGUUGUGGUGCUAAAGCUCCAUGCACAUCUUCAGGAAAAACUAGUUCCUCUUUGAAGCAAAUUUGCAGAGUUUUACCCAUGCCCUCUACAAAUAGCAGGCGUUCCUCAUCAGCUAGUGAGCACAGUGAUUCAGUUGGACAGACGGGAUUAAACCAGUCUUCUGUAACUUCUCGACAGUCGCCACGAAAUUCAGAUGAAAAUGAAGCAAGUAAUACCAGUGGAAGAGGAAAUGAACGCAAGAAGAUCUGUAUGAAGAGAAACUAUAAGACUGUUAUUAAGAAAUAUCCUCUCAGAAGUGGCAUGAGAAAAAGCAAGCCGUAUGAAACUGUACAAAUUGAGAUAAAUGAAACUAUAGAAAUUCCAGGUGGAGAAGGAUCUGGUAUGGUGCAUAAAAGUUUGAAAAGAAAAUGGAGUGGGAUUUUGGAUUCAGAAGAGGACGAUCAUUGUCAGAAGGACUCAAAUUGUGGUCAAGAGGGGCAAGGUAAUUCCACACACGGGAGUGAUGCAGAGAAUUCAAAAGAAAAUUCUGUAUCCAAGAAAGUUUUAAAAUUUACAGAUGACAACAAUGACAUUACAGUCAGUAUUGUCAACAAUAACAACAACCUCUGUGAAUUUUCAAAGUCACGGGGCCACAGAUACCGCCAUAAGACUGUCUUGCAAUUGGAUGGUGCAGCUGAUGGCUCUUCAUCUAGUGCUGAGAUGAGCGAGAGUCAGGAUGAGGGAAUUGAGGAUAGGCAAAGGUUUCGAAAUCGGGAGGAUCCUCAAACGCCACCUCUUCACUCAGCAUUAGCUAUGCGUAUCAAGGAGCAAAGUCUGGCCAGAAGUUCACCAGGAGAGGAAGGACCUUACAAGUGUGCCAAAUGCAAGAGACUCUAUAGGACAAAGGAGAGCUACGAGAAGCACAUUGAAACCUGUACUUUUGAAGUUGAUAGUUCAAGUACGUCAGAAGAUGAUGACGACUAUGAAGACAUCCAUUCUGAAGAGGAAGAUAUAGACGAGCAUUCUCAGCCAAACAGUAGUAAAACAGGCCAAGUAAAUCUAGAUUCGUCUAUAAUGUCAUCUGUGGAAUCCUCAGCAGAGCUGCCACUAGUGGCUGCAUCUGAAAUUCCUUCUAUGCACAUCUUGACACGAGAAUCUGUAGCAAGUCAUAAAAUAUCUGUGGGUGAAACUCUAGCAAGCAAUGUAGAAGAACAGUGUGUGUCUGAAGACCCUGCUUACCAAGUUCAUGAGUCUAAAGCUGUAAUGUCGGUAGAUUUCAUGGGUAAUAUAAAAUCUGGAGGGGAAGAACCUGCAAUAAAAAAGCAAAGAUUAGAUGCAGCAUUACCACGUCAACCAGGUGUUCAUAGGCAGGUAAGAACAGCUAUCAAAAAGUGUCCAAGUAGUCAUGAGGAUGUGGAACUUUUACAUGUAGUGCGUGGCCCUCCACCACCAGGCACUGAUGUGUUUGUGCCUCCUCCAGUAUCUCCUGUAAAAUUUAGCCCCAUCGUUAAGAAAAGUGCUAGCCCAAGGCGUUAUACAAAUAUUCGGCUGAUGCGAGGUAGUCGCGGAUACCAGUAUCGCCGGGCUGCUCCACACAUGCCAGUUCAAGAACAUUACCAAGGAGCAAAUUCUGGUAUGCCAAUGGCACCCCCUGCUAAUCCAACUCCAAUCCAAGUUACCAUGCAUACUAUGGCUAGCACUUCUGGGCAGAUACUAACCCAGGGAGCACCAGCUACCUUUCAACAAUUUGGUGGCCAGUCAACACCAUAUCCAACUGCUGCUCAGUUGACCUCUCCAGUUAGUCACUUGAGCCCUGCUUUGCAGGUAGCACCACAGGUCACCUCCCAAGUAGCUCCUCAGGUGUCACCUCAAGUCAGUCCUCAGGUGCUGACUGUUGUGUCUGCUCCCUCUGUUGCCGUCCCACAGGGCUACACACUGCAGUAUGUUGGCAGUUUUCGUGAUGGUGAAAUGGCUUCAGGUGGUGGUGGUCUGGUGACCUACUCCACUGCACCAAUGGUGGUUCCACAGCCACAAUUAGUUGUGGCUCCUCAGCAGAACUCUAUGGUUGUUCCACAAGUUGUUAACACCAACAUAACCUACUCUUUCACUGCUCCAGAAACACUGGUUAUAAAUCAGCCAGCUAUGGUGUCUGGAAUGCAAUCAGUUCAAUAUUUACCUCAACAGCAGCAGCAGCAACACCACCACCAGCAACCGCAGCAACAACAGGCACCAGUGAUGCACCACACAGACCAACAGGUUGGUUCUGUUAUGCAAUACAGUCAGGCCGGUGUUGCAACCCAGCACACACAUGUACCAGUUUCACACAUGCACCAUGGGCAAGUGCACACACCAUGUAUCCAGUUCUCAGACCUGCAAGCUGGCCAGGUGUGCAUGCAGCAGCAUCACCACCAGCCACAAUCAACUAUUGGUACAAGGGAGAUUUCAUUUAGUGGUGGUAGCCCUAAACAUCUUCAUAUGCCACAGUGCAUGGUGAAUUCUCCAAGUAGAGGAAAUCUUGACAUGUCAUCUCUUAACCUACCUACUUCAUCUACUACCAGUACUUGCUCCGUCCCAAUUCACCGUCAACGCCCCCAGGCAUCUGUAGCACCACAAGUAAUUCGACCACCUCCAGUUCAUACAACAACACCAACUGAUAACAGUCUCAUGGAUACACAAGGUCAUUCUCGUCUACCAUUUGCAGACAGGCCAUUAGUUGGCGGAGUGAGAACAGUAGCAACUGUUGCACCAGCAGUCAUCACCACCACUUCUGUGGUCUCAGUCUCUACAUGCAGUCCAGUCACUAAACUGACUUCAAUUGAAACUAGCCCAAAAAUAGCCACUGUAAGACCGAGACCCACUUAUAGUUAUCGUGAUGCAAUGAGAGAGAAGCAACUUGAGAGACAGAAGCAGCGGCAAGAAGUUUUACAGACAGACAAAUCUAAUGUACCUGAAGGACAUCUCGAGUUUAUCAAAGAACAAGAAAGACUGGAUGCCCUUGCCUCCGACUCAGAAACAGAUUCUGAAACUGAAACGUGUCAAGAUGCCGAAGAGAAAGAUGAUAGAAUGGAAACACAGUCAUACAAACUUGUGUUACGCAAAGAUAGUUCGCUUAGUUCAGGAUUUAAUGUUUUGCCAAUAUCAGGACCAGCUGCACCAUUACCUGCUCCAGAGGUUAAAGAGUUAAGAAUAAAGGCCAAAGUUUCAGUGGGUCCAAAGAGAAAAAAAGCCAAAAAUCAUGAUCCAGAUAAAGAUCUCAUAUUUGUCAACAAAGACACUAAUACUGACUUGUAUGUAAAUGAGCAGUUACCUAACUUCUCUGUAAAUCCCAUGCAUACUCCUGCAGAUGAUCCUGCAAUGUUUGAAAGACCCAAGACUUGCAACACUGAGCCAUAUAUUGUAUUUGAACUAACAUCAGAAGAUGGUUUCCGUGUAGAAUCUCGCCACAUUUCAGAGGUGUGGCAGAAGGUAUUUGAUGCUGUUGCUUCAGCAAGGGCAAGCAUGCGAGUUGAUUCCAAAAUGCCAAGUAACUUGCAAACCUCUGGAGGUGCAAUGUCUGGUCUUCACAUGCUGGGCUUAACGCACAAUGCUGUGCAGUAUCUUCUGGAACAACUACCCGGGGCGAAGGACUGCCACAAGUACUCAUUCCAGUUCCAUCGAAGACCACAAGAAGAAGGCGCUGUGGAGGAAAACCCUACUGGCUGUGCUCGUACAGAAUCCUUCAAAGCACGCUCUCCUUAUGAUAUCUUUAGCUGGCUGGCUUCAAAACACAGACGUAUGCCUGAGCGUGCCCUAGUACAACAAGAAGAGAUCCAGCUCUCUACUACAAGGCGUGCAACAAGCCUAGAGUUACCAAUGGCAAUGCGUUACCGACACCUUCGAGAGACAGCUCGAGAGGCUGUGGGUGUCUUUCGCUCCAGCAUUCAUGGUCGUGGAUUGUUUUGCAAACGUGAUAUUGAUGCUGGUGAAAUGGUCAUUGAAUAUGCGGGUCAGGUUAUCCGCUCCAGUCUUUGUGACAUGCGUGAGAAGGAUUAUGAAUCUAAAGGUAUUGGCUGUUAUAUGUUCCGCAUCGAUGACGAUACUGUAAUUGAUGCUACAAUGCAUGGCAACGCUGCAAGAUUCAUUAAUCAUUCUUGUGAUCCUAAUUGUUAUUCACGUGUAGUGGAUAUCUUGGGCAAAAAACAUAUUAUCAUAUUUGCCCUACGGAGGAUCCUUCGUGGAGAGGAACUUACUUAUGACUACAAGUUUCCUAUCGAGGACGACAAGAUUCCCUGCACGUGUGGCACACGACGAUGUCGCAAGUACCUCAACUGAAGCCCUCCAGGAAUGCAGCUGUCUACUUCUGUCUUGUAAUCUCCAUAAUCAUUGCUACCAGUUUCUUGAUGCAACAUGCUAAAAACUAAUUGUAUCAAAGGUACCACAAGCAAGUUUUCAAUCCAGAUAGAAUUCAAUGAGCACAGUAUUUGAGUUAGUUAUUUCAUUAUGAAUAUUCAUAUAUAACAGAAUAUGCCAGUGGUUCAGAGUUGUUAUUCAGAUUUACUGGGCUAUAGGAACUUUCAAAGAAAAAAUCACAUUUAUUAUAGUUUUUAGUAAAACUGAAUAACAUCUCUUAUCUUGCUAUGAUUAAUUGUUUAUGUUUUCUCUGUGAGAAGUUCAUUAUUAUCAUGGCAUGACUUAAUUGCACUGAAAGAUAAAUUUAUAUUCUGAAAAUGUCCCUCAGAUGAAGUAACUGAGGAUGUACUCUAUAUGCUGAUGUGAUGUGUUCCUCAACUGAAACUGCUUAGGAUAAGUUUGUCUACUGAAACCCUCCUGGAGGUGCCCCCCCAGAGUCCUUGAAGUUCCUCAGCAAAUCCCUGGUGAAGGUUCCUCGAAUACCCUCCAGCGCCACGAUCAGUACUGCGGGUCAGCUGGAGACGGCAGCAACCCAAACACAUGCAUUAAGGUUUCCAGUUGCACUUGUUACAAUAAUCAUAAACUCCUUUUUGAUAUAAUCUGAUGUUGCCAUUAAUUUGUUUUAUAAUUUGCAAGUUACUUAAUAACUGGUGAUGUAGAAUAUUGCAAGGGACGAGCUGUGCUGGGUAUAACCGUAAAUAAUGUUUGUUGUGUUUAAUGAGUUUUUCUAAACUUUGAAACUAGCCUGACAUACCUCAUAUGAUCCCUUAUGUAUAGUAUGUAGAAAUCUCAGCCUACUGGGGAUGUGUUUUUGUGUCUGAUAGGAGCCAAUAAUGGAUGUUUGUUAAAUUUGGCAAUGCCUUCUUGAGUAAACAAAUUUUGUGCUGGUAAAAAAUAUAAAAUUUUGUUCUUUACCGAGCAUGGUUCAGAGAAUGCCUGUUUACCAAGAAUGGUAUUGUAUAAUUUGGUAUAGUACAGGUAAUUAUUAUGGGAAAACUAGAGACCUCGGAGUGCAUUUGGCAUAAGCGUGCACCGAUUCCUAUAAUUUUAAGUAGAUGUGUAAUAUCACCUCUUGCAUUUUACUUUUGUGAUUCUUGACAAUUUUGUGAUAAGUUCAGUGAUUUUGAUCCACUUUUCAAAAUAACAAAUACUUUCCAGACAGAAAAUGGGUAACAUUGUCCUCUUGAAACCGAACCCUCGAGAUAUACAAGAGGUCACUAAGAUGUAGCCUAACUUGGAGGAAGUAACACUAAUGCCAUGGGAAACUUCAACACCCAAGCAGAGUACUGUUUAAGUGCUAUACUUCGGGGGUUUGAUUACAUAAUUGGAAAUCUGGCACACAAUCACUGUGCUGAUCACAUGCUUUGUAAUAUAACAAGAAGCAGUACAUUCACUAGAUUCAUCAUAAUUCAACUAAAAUAUAAAAAUAAAUCUAACAUUCUGUUAAGAAAGCAGUUUCAUGGUCAGGGUAACAUUAAUGUUCAUGUUAUAAAGACAGUUGUGGGUUUGUAAACAUAUCACCAAUUCUUCUUGUGGAUCUGAAGAUGAUGAAAGAUGUGAUAUAUUAUGUUAAUCGAUUCUCCGAUAAAUACUACAAGGAUUGUAGCAUUUGUAGGCGAUGUCCUGGUGGAUAUAGAUAUACAGAUUGAUCUACUGAAUGUACAGGUUGUACUCUGUAUUGUUGACAGUUGUUUGCUCUAGUGCGAUUCUUUGUGAGGACUACUUACCUUACAAUUUGAGAAUUCCUAUUUUAGAUUGUGGGAAAUGUGUGUCUCAUAGUUACAUUAUAUGUACACAAUCAUGAAUUAUCAAAAGUAUUAUGGUUAUUAAAUAUAAGAACAAGUCCAGUUCUAUGGUGAGAACAAGUAUUCCUGGUCUUGCAGGGCAUUGAGGCUCCAGGGAGUGUGAAUCUGUUAAAACAUGAAUAACUAAAAAAGUUUUAUCUAUAUGUAACUGCCAGCAUCUUUUAAUGGAUUUGGAUCAAGUUAAAUAGGAAAGUUUUGACACUACACAGGAAAAUGACCAAAUGGUGCUACUAGGUGGUUGAUUUAUUUUUUCUAUGUUUAGGUGUUUUUGAAAAGCAUUGUCAUUAAACUUACAACAUUAUUUGAGAUUAAAUCAGAUAUUUUGAAAUUGUAGCAAGGAUUAAAGUGGGGAGGGGGGGGGGGGCUUAAUGCGACAGCAGUAGUAUAGUGGCAGCCAUAGUUCCCAAGGCAGUAUUGUGGUCAUGGGUCAUUAUUGUUCACAGUAAAGCUGGUGCCAUUGUUAUUUACUACCAUAGUACCUGUACCACUUCGGUUAUGCCUCAGAAAUAGUUCAUGGGGCAAGGAUUAGUGUCACAAUGAACUUAGUGUGAUGCUCUACUGUAGGAAAGGCUGGCAUGCACUUUAUACUACUUGGCUGCAGUUAGUGACUUUGCCCCUACGUCUGCUGGACACUAAACAGCUACAAGUGAGCAAUAAAAAUUAAUAAAAGAUACCAUCUGUGUGCCUAAAUUUUGUGAUAAGCUGGAUGGUCUUUUUAAAAGAUCAUGUUUUUUCAGGGCUCAAGUAAACUAGUUCAAGGGGGAUGUUAUAGUUUAAAAAUGAUAUUUAAAUAUUUUGGUGUUGGUUUCUUAGUUUCAUAGACCAUAGCAGUGCUAUGUGUUCUUUUGAUAGAAAUUUCACAUUACUCAUUUCACACACACAAGCAACGAUUAAACCAUAGAACCUACUACAACCAAUUAUGGUAACCUUGGUAACCAGGAUGCAAAUAUGGCAGUUUCACAACAAAACUGGAUUCAUCUCUUUGUAAAUGUUAUUUACUUGUACAUAUGUAUUUUGGCUUCACCUUUUCCAAAUGUGAAUGGAAUGCUUUUUGAAAGUGUUUUUAAUGUAAAGAGAAUAGAGUUUUUAUUUCAUAGAUGAAUUUUAUAUGAAGUGUGCUAAAUUUUUGGAACCACCAACUGUAAUUUGUGCCAUCAAAAAUGAGUACAAAGUUAGCAUUUAGCUGUUCUUGUGACGGGUACGAAUAAAAAAAAAUAUUCCUGAUUUGUACUCAAGAGUACUAAAGCUCAAGUUGCAGAACCUACCGUGAUAAUGCCCUUGUUAAAACAAGACCUCAUAUUUCUGUUUUCAGUCCAGUGACUGCCCAAGUAUUAUUCAGUAGAGCACUAAUUAGGGCAUGCUCAAGGUAAGGCCUGGAACUUGGACAUAAGGCACUAGUCACCCACAUGGCGUUUAGUGGCAUGUUUGGAUGGCAUGGGUCUAAAAACUGUUCAGAGCAAAGUACAGUAUUUAAUUUUAAAAUAACCCAAUGCCUAACUCUAAUGUUAUUUAAAAAAAAAAAAAAACUGAUGGUAUUUUGAAGUUUUCAUAAAAUUUCAGCAAGAAUGUGUAUCACAUUCUUAUGAACACAUCAGUUUUUGUUCCAUAGUGCUUCAGUUGUGUGGCAUAUAUUGAACAAACUCCUGUGUAUGUUUUAGGUUUCUUUUAAUUGAGUUGAUGGAAAAUGCAAGUUUUGGUAAAUAAACAAAAUACUAUUAGAGGUUGUUAUACGAUGGGUAUUUUAUCAAAGCAAUUAUAAAAUAGAUUGAUUUCAGUGUGUAACGUUUGUGUACGACUACUGUAUAUCAUUUUUUUAACUAGAUAAUGAAAAAAUCAUUCUUGGUAAAUGAAAAUAUUAUGAUAUUAAGGUUAUAUGAUGGAUAUUUCAUCAAAGCAAUUUUAAUAGUGUAUUCUUUGCUUUAAACAGCUUUCAGUUUGAUGCCAUGAAAUGCAUGCCAACUUGUUUGACACUUGUCCGAUCCAGUUUGGUUUAUAAACCGUUCAAGGCACAACAUUAAUGACCUUUCCAUGUGUAAUAUUGCUAUUAAAUUGUUUGAAAUAUGUAAGAGUUUAACAAAAAUUAUGUUUAACAAAGCUUAAGAUUCUUUGUUCAUUAGAUUUUAAGAUGAGCAAUGUCUAACAAAAAUGUUAUUUUUCAUUAAAUAAAAAAAAACUGCAAUGGAAUUGUCAUUGAUGCUAAAUUAACCAACAAAUUACAAACCUGAGUGUUGUUAUCAAUGUUAAUAAUUCCUACAGUUCAAUAAAGCACAUGUGGUUGUUACAGCAAAUGAUGGGUAUCAUUCCAAUGUUCUGUAAGUGUUGCUUUUACUUAGAAUAUAAGUUACACCCUUUUCAUUCCUUACCAAAGAUAUAUUUUUUUUUUAAAUCAUGUUUAUAAAUACCAGGCACUUAGAAUUUACAAAGUAGUGUUAUAAUCUGAGUUUUAUCCCUGUACACUUUGUUUCUCCGCUGAUUACUAAUGCACUUUUGUACCACAUUUGCACUACAGCUGUUCCACAAGUGUAGUCUACCAUACCUGUAGCCUACCAACCACUCCUGUACAAUAUUUGUAACACAUGCUAUCACAGCUCAUAUUUGGAAUCCCUCACAGUCUCAGUUUUGUGGGUAAGUAGAAAGUUAUAUUUACUGUUUCCUGCAUAAGUGCGAGUUUGUAAAAUGUGAGAACUCGUCCAUAUGUUCGCUGAUGGUUUGUAUCAUUUUCAACUGAUCCAUUCAGUUAGCUUUGGGCAGAGCAAGUGUUACUGGGUCACUAAAUAAAAUUUUCUUACUGCG